UUUCAUGGACCCCUCCCAGCAAACCGAGACAGGCGCAGUGCGCGCGGACACUAGCGCCGCACACCAUUGGCUGAGAGCUCGGCUUUACCUGGAGGAAGGUGUGCCAAGCAGACAAGGAUGAACUUUUCUUUACUCUGAUCCACUUCAGGGAUUUGAAUUCAUGCUCCUAAGAUCAUGGAGCCCGUAACGUCCUGGAGCAACGAGAGAGUCGCCGAGUGGCUCAAAGGUCUGGAUGCUCCUCUACAGCAGUACUCGUUCUCCAAAUGGCAUCUCUCUGGCUCAGAUCUGCUGAAUCUUUCCUCUACCAGACUGGAGAAACUUGGAGUGCAUAAAAUCGGACAUCAGGAGCUUAUACUAGAGGCUGUGGAAAAACUCUGUGCUUUGACAUACAGUGUUGGGGGGUGACAAUCUGCGCA